AUGUCCUCUCCCGCUGCCGUCCCUGAUAAGGAGACGUUGAAGCUCCUCCUCCCGCUCCGAUACGAUGGGAAGUCGGUGAUCGAAUGCAACCGCUUCAUCUCGCAGUUGCUCAUCUACUGGACGAUCAACACGGCCCUCUCUUCCCUCGAGCUGAAGAUCCAGGUUGCCCUCAGUCUCCUCGAUGGUGACGCGCGAGCUUGGGCCACCCCCAUCUUCUCCCAGCUUGCCUCCGUCCAAAUCGGGAUCCAGGGAGCGACAACCCCCUUUGUCGACGAAAAAGCCUUCCUUCAGGCAUUCAAGGCCCGUUUUGGCAACCUCGACGACGCCGCCGCGGCACAGGUGGAGCUUACCAAGCUCUGCUCCGACAAAACCAUGCGCGAGAAGCGCACCGCCGCAGAAUUCUCUGCGCUGUUCAAAGGUCCGGCAGACCGUUCCGGGUAUGGGAACCUGGAACUACGCGACAAGUACCUGAGCGGCAUCCCCUCCCGCGUCUAUCGCAAACUCGAGCUCGAAACCUUCGCCACGUGGCAAGCCGCUGACAAGCGCGCCACCGAGGUCGAGCAAAUCCUCGACCUUCUUCUCGGCGCGAGGUCGAGGACGCGGUGGGGCACGUGGUGGUGCACCCUCGACGCACGCAGCAUCGGCCAGCAUCAAUGCGGCCGUCGGAAAAGGAAACUUCCCCGGCACAUGCUUCGGCUGUGGGAAGCAAGGGUACCGACGCUUCGAGUGCCCCAAUUGUAA